AUGAGAUCCACUCCUAUUGGACGCCGCUCGCACCGGAAGUCUAGAGCCGGCUGUCUCGCUUGCAAAAGAAGGAAGGUCAAGGUAAAGCCCUGCAAUCCAUUGCAUUGCGACGAGGCAAAGCCUACUUGUGGGAACUGUGAAAGACAUGGUGUGCCAUGCUCCUUCACAGCUACACCCGACCCUGUUCGGUUAGAGCACGAAGCCGCAAGCCCAGCCAUUCCAGCCAGGCACAGCACAGGAACUGCCAGCCCAAGUAUUGGGCCUCCAGCUCCACAAGCUCCAUUAAAUACAAGUCUGCCAGUUUUUGAUAUGGAACUAUUGCACCAUUAUAUGGUCUCAACAUGUUACACAUUAAGCCGAAUCCCCUCCAUCCAGGCAAUUUAUCGGGACGAAGUGCCUCGAGUAGGAUUCACCAUGCCGGCCGUCUUACACGCCAUGUUAGCUGUAGCUGCUUUACACCUCGCUCGGUCCGACCCUUCUCGCCGGGAUAGCUGUAUCGCACAAGCACACAUGCAUCACCAAACAGCGGUCCAAUCCGUGACGCCAAAUAUCCCCUUUCUAGCCUCCGACAAUGGAGUCGGACUGUUUCUCUUCUCCUCGUUAACUUGCAUUUCUGCUUGUGCCAGCGUUCCCUCAGAGAGAAGCUUCCUUGUCUUAUUCGAGCAAGGCCGUCUUGCUAACUGGGUUCUUCUGUUCCGGGGCACAAGGACUGUUAUUGAAUACAGUAGGCAUGACUUCAAUAAGGGGAAAUUGGGCCCGAUCUUUAUGAAUGGGGCCCAGACGGCGGCUGCGCGGGAUCCGCAGACGUUUGAACAGGGGAAGAUGUAUACUUGGGAAUUGAAACAGAUGAUUGGUCAUGAGUUCAUGCAAGAUCAGCGGUUACGUGGGAUUUAUGAGGAGACGUUAGAUGCGCUCAGCAGGACUUUGGGUGUUGUUAUGAAACCGGGCGAGGGGCCGAGGCUUCAAACUGCAGAUGUAUUUGCGUGGUUAUUAGAAGCCUCGGAUGAGUAUUUGGAGUUACUUGCGAAAGAGGAGCCUGUUGCGCUGAUUAUCUUUGGGUAUUUCUGCGUCGCAUUGCGUCAAAUUGAAUGGAUGUGGUGGAUGGAAGGAUUGAGUGGUCGGCUCAUGUCGCAGCUGUAUUCUGUUAUUGAUGAGAAAUACCGAGGGUGGCUAAGAUGGCCGCAAGAACAGAUAUGCUGGGCUCCUGGAUCUAUAUGA